CAUGUCCGCUUUCUCCCAACCCCGGCAGCUGCAACCGCGGAGCCCGUCACCAAAGCCACUGAAACAGUAAGCGGGAGAGCUGGCGAUGGCGAGGGAGGCGGACGGAGCCCGACUGGCGGCGCGGCUGAGGCUGUUCUAGGGAGACCGGCGGGGAGGCAUCUGCCGGGGGCUCAUUCCCAACACCAAAGGAAGCCCCCCCCCAGCCGCGUCUCCCUCCUGGAAUAAAACCCAAAUUCUAGCCAGCAACAUCCCAGGCCGGGCGAGCCAGCGAGCGAGCUUCGGAGCGGCCUCGGGGGCAGGGAAGGUGCCGGCGUUGCAGGCGAGCCGGCAAAGGGAAGCGCUUCCUCGGUGCCUCGCGGGCCACCCCAAGCCAGAUAGAUGUGCGCGCCGCCCGCCCGCCCACGCGGCCACCAUGAACACCCAACUGGCGAUGGAGACUCUGGGCGACCUCCACGGAGUGAGCCAUGAGCCGGGGCCCGACCUGCUCCGGAGCGCCCACCCCCGCGGCGGCGGCGGCCAGAGCAACCACUUGGCCCACGGCGCUCGCCCGCUGGGCAUGGCCGCCCUCCUGGACGGAGGGGACUACGCGCACCACCGGAGCGGCGCGGAGCACCCUUUGGGCGGCCCUCUGCACCCCACCAUCACCAUGGCUUGCGAGACCCCGCCUGGCCUGAGCAUGAGCAGCACUUACACCACCCUGACGCCCCUGCAGCCGCUCCCGCCCAUCUCCACCGUGGCGGACAAAUUCCCCCACCAUCACCAUCACCCCCACCACCCCCACCACCCGUCUCAGCACCCUCAUCAUCCUCACCAGCGGCUGUCGGGCAACGUGAGCGGGAGCUUCACCCUCAUGCGGGACGAAAGGAGCCUGGCCGCGUCCAUGAACAACCUGUACUCGCCCUACCACGCCAAAGACGUCCCCGGCAUGGGGCAGCGCCUCUCUCCGCUCUCCGGCUCCGGCCUGGGCGGGCUGCACGGCUCCCAGCAAGGGCUCCCCCACUACGCUCACCCGGGAGCCGCCGCCGCCGCCGAGAAGAUGCUGGCCCCCAACGGCUACGAAGCGCAUCACCCUGCCCUGCUGGCCAGGCACGGCGAGCAGCACCUGACGCCGACCUCGGCUCCCGGCAUGGGGCCUCUCCACGGGAUCCCGCACCACCCCCACGCCCACCUGAGCGCGCCGGGCCACGGGCAGAUCCUGGGUGCCGGGCCCCGGGAAGCCCACCCGGGAGCGGCGGCGGCGGGAGCAGCGGCGGCGGCCUCCGGGCAGGUCAACGGCGGCGGAAGCGGCUCGGGGCAGAUGGAGGAGAUCAACACCAAAGAAGUCGCCCAGAGGAUCACCACCGAGCUCAAGCGCUACAGCAUCCCGCAAGCCAUCUUCGCCCAGCGCGUCCUCUGCCGCUCCCAGGGGACGCUCUCGGACCUGCUGAGGAACCCCAAGCCCUGGAGCAAGCUCAAGUCCGGCAGAGAGACUUUCCGCAGGAUGUGGAAGUGGCUACAGGAGCCCGAAUUCCAGAGGAUGUCCGCACUCAGGCUGGCAGCUUGCAAACGGAAAGAGCAAGAGCAUGGGAAGGACAAAAGUAACACCCCCAAGAAGCCCAGGUUGGUCUUUACGGACGUCCAGCGCCGGACUCUACAUGCAAUAUUCAAGGAAAACAAGCGCCCUUCCAAAGAUUUGCAAAUCACCAUUUCACAGCAGUUGGGUCUGGAGCUCAGCACGGUCAGUAACUUUUUCAUGAACGCGCGACGGAGGAGCCUGGAUAAGUGGCAGGAGGAGGGCGGCUCCAGUUCAGGCAACUCAUCUUCUUCAUCAAGCACUUGUACCAAAGCGUAAAGAAUUGACCACAAACUAAUCUUCGGUGGAAAAGCUUUAAAAAUAACUGAACAGGACUUCAAGAAAGCAGGUUUAUACUUCAACUCUUUUUAAAAAAUGUUAUUUAUAAGCCCCAAAGAAACCAAAGACUUAACUUUACCUGAUGAUGACUUGGCUAGAAGAAACACACUUUAGUGGGAUGAUGGCUUGCAAAAUGAAGAGACUGGGAAAAGAGGGCAGGCUGCUGGCUUUACACCUUUACACCAUGAUCUCUUCCGCCCUAUGUGGCCGGUUAGUGAUCUGGAGGGCAGCCAUUGCUUCUUACCAGUGAUGAGGAUGCUCUCGGAUACGGCUCUUUGUUUCUACGGCAACACCAUGGAGGUGAAAGAUGUACAUAGGAUUCCGGGUGCCCACCAGCAGCGAGGAACAUAGCCAGAGCUGGUCUCAGAAAGUACAACCAUAACAGCAUUGAGUCACAUGAGUUCGUUUUAAAAAGUAGUGCUCUUUUAAUUGUUUGAACUUUUUCCAGUUCAAUACCUGGAUACAAGUUCAGAUAAGAAAUUCGAAUGCUUCCUGAACCAAUUGCAUUCUCUUUGUUUGUUAAGGGAUGUGUCCAUUUUAAAAAAAACCAAACAAACAAACAAACCAAAACAACCCCACAAUUUCAUUGUAAAACUAUCAGGUAGGUACCAAAGAACACAUUUCUAAUUAUAUUGCAGGUAUUUUGUUGCAAUGCUUUUAAUACACCAAAGCUAUUUUUACACAAAAUUCUAUGCACAGAUGUAAGGGUAAACACCUCAUUGUUGUCAGGCAUCCAGCUUUAAGCAAGACAAACCGUUGUUCCAACUGUGGCAAUUUCCUCUGCACACAAGUGAUACAUGACAGUAGUGUAGAGCCGAUAGGAUGGUAAACUACACUUUGUGGAGGACCCUGCAUUUGUUGAUGUGCAAACCCAGGGCUCCAGUAGAAAUACUUGAUAGUCUCCCCAAGUCAGAAAAGAGGCGUAUACUACAGAAAUUCAGGUUGCCCAUGUGUGUCAAACUACCUUUUUUAUUACUAGAAAUUCUAGGCAAACAGCUGCUAUGUCUUGCUUCUAGACAGUGUGCAUUUUAUUUACAUAUAUAUUUAUGCUCGUAAAAUUUAAAUUAUAAUUGUUUAAAAUACAGGCAACAACUUUUCCGCACAAGCUAAAGUGAGGCACAAGGCAACCAAGAGUUGUUGGGGCUCCUGCUACCUUAGGGUGAAAUCCUAGUCCAUGACCUUAAACCAAUGGAAGGAAGUUAUUUUGAAGUCCGUGCAGAUAUUUUUUAAGAAGAUAUGGUUAAAACUAGGAAGGAAUUCUAAUGAUAUUGAAAGUACAUGAAGAAACCUCUGUUGCUUCCCGUAGGAAGCAGGCCUCACAAUGUGUUCUUUUAGGAUGGCAGGGGCAGAGGCAGUUUGGAGUGCCACCAGUUGUAUGAAAGCUUAAACCAAAUUUAACUUAAACCCACUUGACCUAUUGCUCAAGAUAAGCAACCCAGUGUCAACAGCACCAUGACAUUUCCCUAGUGUUGCAGGGAUGACAGGAUGGCAUCGCAGUAAGCUCAGGAUUUCAUCACCAGCUGAAAUACAGAAUCUUCUGGGCUAUGAAUCAGAUGGUGUAUUAGUACUGAAGCCCAUAUAAGCUUGUCAUUUGGGAAUUAUAGAGACCAAGAGCAAACCUCUUUUAGGCACCGCGAACAACUGAAUCUGGCCCAUUCCUCUGUUGGCGCUUACUAGGUUGUUCCCUGGGUGCAGGGUUUUGUUUUUGUUUUUGCACAUCUCUUAUUUAUUUAUUAUUUAUUUAUUUAUUUAUUUAUUUAUUUAUUUGAGAGAGUUCUAUACAGAUAAGAUUUAACAGGCACAUUGUUUUGUGAAUGAAAAGUUUUGAAUGCAUGGUUGCAAGUAAUUGUUCACCCAUCUAAUGAAAACUUCCAUUUUACAUGUAAUGGAAGCAGCAGUGUUUACAUUUGGUGACUUGGCUUGUCUUACGCUUAUUUAUUUAUUUAUCAAAUAUGUAUAUGCCCACCCCCCUUGUCCGUAGAUCUCAGGGCAGUCCACAGCAUAAAAAAUACAAGAUAAAAAACACAAAAUGCAUAGGACAAUAGAUAUAUAAAUGUGCACGUAUAUCUCUUAGAUCCUGGGAUAUUGAUAUGAAACACUUUCUUUUAGUAAAUCAGGGUUGUAGUUAAGAGGAUCAAGUUACAAAAACUGUCAUGUUAAAUCCAUAUUCCCCCAGCCCCAGCUCCCCCCCCCCAAGGUAAACUCCUAUGAAAGGAGUGUGGUGAGGCCUACAGGGUGCAAUGCAGCAGGGCCAGACUUUGACCAUACAGGUCAUACCUUGGGUUAAAUGUGCUUCAGGUUGAGCGUUUUCAGGUUACGCUCCGCGGCAACCUGGAAGUA